CGGUAAGCUAAGUUUGUGUGUGCAACAUGGACUUCAGCUGCGGACACAGAUGCAUAAAUGACUGCUACAGACACGUUCAGAGUAAACAACUUAAAGACCUAUCGAAGUGAUGAGACGGUCCUCUUCACUGGGGCGGUCAUCUACCUCCCACUUCAGUAGUGCAAGUAAACGAUCAUCUUCAAUACCGCGACCAUCAAUAGGAGGGUCAGGUCCCCUUCGAGUGAGAAACGAUGAUAACAUCAAGAAUCCAACAUCUUCCAAGAAAACGAGUAUGGGUUAUGGAUUCAGUGGAAGGCCUUCAGUGGAUUACAGAAGAUCGAAUGGAGGCAACGGUGACAGACUGUCAUUUGGACAGUCUAAAACUCCUAGCAAAGGGAUGAGGAGAUCUAGUCACAUGGGAGUUCCAUUGGUUAAUGGAAUACCAAAGGAUCCAAGGAAGGUUUCUGACAAAAAUUUUCAAGCGAAGUGUGUUGCAAAAUUGGUAGAGUUUCUAUCAGAAAAAGGUUACCCACAGCAGUUGUCACCGGGAAUUCUCAAGGCCCCUCCUAGGAAAGAUUUCUUCCAGAUAUUUGAGUUCCUGUACAGCAUGUUGACACCCAGAUACAAGAUAGGAAAAAAGCCGGAAGAGGAAAUUCCAAAAAUCUUCAAGGAAUUGGGCUAUCCAUUCAUGAUUUCCAAAACAGCCAUGUAUGCGCUGGGUUCACCUCACACCUGGCCAACAAUUCUGUCAGCUCUUGUCUGGAUGGUGGACUUGAUUAAGUUUGGUAUGCGAGUCGGGAUGUCCAUAGACAGUUUCAUCUAUCCACCGGAUGAAGACGAAUUUGAUUCCAUGUCAGAAGCACAGAUUUUGUUCGAUUAUGUAGUGAAAACAUAUGCAGCAUACAUGAAGGGCGAUGACACCUUUGAAGAUUUCGAUGCACGACUUUCACAUCAUCUGAGUCAGAAAGUUUAUGGCGUAAGUGGAGGGAUAGAGAACUUGGAUGAAGAAAACAAGCGUUUGGAAAAUGAGUUGGGAUCUUUAGAAAAAGAAAAUCAGGAAUCUCGGGAAAAACUAAAAAGAAUGCAGGAAGAGGCAGUCAACUUAGAAGGCAAUAUAGAGGAAAUGGAAAAAUUCCUGAGUGAAAUGGACAAUUAUUUGGAGAGUCAGGAGAAAUACAUACAUAAUCUGGAAGAAGAGAUAGAAAGUCUGGUUGCGGAUUUAAAUAGCAUUAAGGCUAAAAAUCAAGAAAAGCAGCUGAUUUUCGAGUCGCAGGAAUUCACCCCAGAGGACAUCGAACGUAUCAAAAUCAAUAGGAAGGACCUGAUGCGUCAAAUUAAUGAUGCAGAGGCCAGAGUGACCAGUAUUGACCAGGAGAUCUGGUCAGAAGAGAUCAGAGCCUCUAAAAUGCUUGAAAAGGUGGAGUCGUCAUGCAAUGAAUACAAUGACUUGGCCCAGCGGUUAAAGCUGAUCCCACAAACAGCACAGUAUGCCUGUGGUGUAGACUAUGAGUUAUCCUCAUGUUACAGUGCCCGAGAUAAAUUUACUGAGGUGGUUAAGCCUUCACUGCUAUGUCUGAAGGAGCAGUUGGCGGAAGUAGUGUAUGAGAAAUCCAAAGAGUUGAUAUUGGAGAAGGACGUCUUUGAACAGUGUGUGGCAGAUUGUAUGGAUUCAGAAAAUGAAUUGAAAUUGGAGGAAAGUCAGUUAAAAAGAUUAGAAGAGGACCUGGAAUACAAAAAGCAGGUACACCAAAAGGAAUUUCAAAAACUGCAAGAAGAAAAGGAGAGCUUAGAGAAAGAAUUGUCGGUAAUGAAAUUAUCAUCAAACAAGACCAUAGCUGAGGGUCAGAAAGAACUGAGAGAUACCCAGAAAAGUGUGGAGAGCAAGAUAAGGUCAAUGGAGCAUGACGGAGAACUGUACGAGACUUUCCUGAAGAAAGCAUCUUCCAAGAUGAUAACCCACAAAGAACGGGUUGAGGGAGUUCUGGAAAAUGGUGUACAGAAAUUGGAGAUGAUAAAGAAAGACUGUUUAAAGAAAUGAUAUUUCAUCGCAUUUGAGUGAUUUUUACAAGAUUUAAGGGAGUCUGUGCCAUCGGAGUUUAGUUUUCCGAACUUUUUAUGCCCCCGAGAUUGAAGAUUGUGACAAGACCUUUCCGUGGGUACCAACAGUUUUGGCCCUGUGACUUUGACCUACUUUUUGAAAACUUUAACCUUGCUAAUAAUUUUUGAACAGAAAGUGCUAGAACUUUGAUAUUUCACAUGAGUCUUCCUUGUGACAAGACCUUUCCGUGGGUACUAAACCUUUUGACAAUGACAUUUGACCGACUUUUUAAAAAUUUGACAUUGGUCAUAACUUCUAAAUGGUAAAUGUUAGAGCUUUCAUAUUACACAUGAGCAUUUCUUGUGACAAGAUCUUUCUACUAGUACCAAGAUAUUUGUCCUUGUGACCUUGGUCAUCUUUGGAAUUGGUCAUUAUCGGGGGCAUUUGUGUUCCACAAACACAUCCGUAUUUCCACUAUGCUUUUACUUAGGGAUCUGAAAUUUGAUAUGUAGUUACCUAUUGAGUAGGUACAGAUUACCUACAUGUAUUUUAACAGUAAUUGUACAUGUAAGAGUUUUAUGGUUGAGUGAUGUUCAAUUUUUGUUUUGCAAACUUUUGCACCUAAAAAUUGUUAUGUUGUUUACUACUGUAUGUUUAUAAAUCAAGUUUUUUCCCAGUUGAGUGAUUUUUGUGAGACUUUGCACCAAGAAUGUACUUUUCAGUACUUUUCUCUACAAUACUUUAACUUGGGAAUCUGAAAUUUGGUAUGUGGUUAUCGAAUUUGAGUAAAUACUCAUUAGGUUUCACUUUUGUUGUGAUUGAAUUAUUCUAACAAAAAAUGGUCAAGCUGGGUCUCGUGGUUGACUGAAUUCAUUCUUUUGCUCUGUCUAGUCCUAUGUAUGUUGUAUGAGAACUACAGUGUAUAUAAAUCUAAGGUAUACAAUUUGUUGUCUAAUCUAUUUCAUCUAAUUCAGAGCAUCUGUAUUAUAAUAGAUUAAAAUUAUUGUAUUUUCUGGAAUUAAAAAGUGACAUUUUUCUCAAAUUUUAGGUCGCAAGAGUAAACUCAGGUGACCUAUUGCAAUUGGCUGUUGUUGUGCGGCAUCCGUCGUGCGUUAACAAUUGAACAUUUUUAACUUCUUGAUAACUACCAGUCCAAUUCUUUUCAAAUUUGGUAUGGAGCAUCUUUUGGACAAGGGGGACCUAAAUUGUAAAUUUUAGGACUCCAGCACCCCAUGGACCUUGGGGGCAAGGCAAAAACUGCCCAAAUUGUCCAAUUUUUAAAAAUCUUCUCAGGAACUGCACUUGUGUAACAAAAAAAACUAAAUGCAUAGUGAUGUUGAGCAGGAAGGCCUCUACCAAAAUUGUAAAUUUCAUGAUCCCCGGGAUAGAGGUUCUGACCCCAGGGCUGGGCCAAACUUACUACAUAAGGUUUAUGUGUAAAACACUUAAAGGUCAAGUAUGGUGAUUUUCCUAAAACUUUAGUUUUAUACAGAAAAAUGUCUGUCGUACACUUAUGGAUUAAUUUCCAUGGCAAUUUUGAUAAAAAUCACUUGGUGUGAAUUACACGACGCUAUCAAACUUUUACCUGAGCGAUCGAUAGAUGUGUUGUGACGUGAGUUAUCGCUCGUAGCUUAUGACGUCAUCUGAGACAACUUUCGACUGCAUUGAUAGGGUUUUAUAGUGUUUACAUAGAAAAGUCCUGUAUUUAUGGUACAAUGCGCUGCUUUGAACUGCAAUGUGAAAUCGAGACAGGGAUAAAGUAUAUUUCUUUUCCCAAAAGAUACUAAAUUUCGAAGAAUUUGGAUACUGAAACUGAAAAGAGACACAGAUUUGUGACAAGCCACGAGGAUCAGUGAGUGACACUUUAAUUAACGAGGAUCAGGUUUCCAUCAACCCUAACGCAUCAUCCUGUUUGACUCCAAACAAAGUGCAAAGUGAUGAUUAACUGGACAUCCUACAAAACAAGUGGAGGGAUGUAUUUUAAUUAUAUAAAAAGUUCAACCCAAAAAGGGGGGAUGCACGCAAUCCACCCCUCUCCACAUCCACCACUGAAUGCUUUAAUGCGACAUUGUAUUCAAUGGGUUUGCGAUUGCACAUAAAAAUUAAUGUCACCCAUUACCUAGUUCGAAUUGAUUUUAUUUCUUUUAUUAAAUGAAAUAUCUUUCGAAUAUUGUCGUACUCAUAUUUAUAAGGGACUCAUCGUCAUCAUUUCAUUUCUUCACUAUAUAUAUAUAUAUAUAUAUAUAUAUAUAUAUUGAAAAAAUAAAAUAUAGUAAAAAUGGAAAUGACUUUAAUUUUAAAAACCCAUUUUGAUAAAACCUUAUUUAUUGCGAGGUCGGUCCAAUUUCCAAAGCUUAUUUUUUUCAAGUUCAUUAUGAAAACAAGUACAAGUUUUUCCUUUUCCUAAUAUGCUACAUUCCUAAUGUGCUACAUAUAUAUCAUGAAUCAUUAAGGCAAAAUUUCACACCUCAAAAUACUACAUUUCGUUAACUUUGUGGCGUAAUAUAUCAAUUUCGCAUUUGACGUGUGUUGUGAAGAAAUUACAUGUACUAACAGGCCUAAUUUACAUUUUAUGAUUUGUAUCUACAUGUAGAUGUUUUUUUUAAAAAAAAAAAAGGGGGGAGAGGGUACAAAUAACGUUGUGCACAAUAAGGUUUUUUUUCUUUUGUCUUUUGUUCUUCUUUUUUCAAAAAGGCAUUUUUCAGUUAAAUACAUAUCUAGCUAAACACAUUAUAAUUUGAAUCUGAUCAAUCUCGUACAAAUAAAUCCAAUAAUAAAAAAAAAUACAAACGUGAGAGUCAAUCUAGUUAAAUAUGCUCACAAUCGCUACAAUAGAGUAUACGGCGAGUAUCUAUGAAGUCUGAUUUUGAUUAGCCUCGGUUGUGUAAAAUACAAAGGUUAUCUUUUGAUAGAACAUUUUUUUCCAAUAUUCCCAAUUUUCUAUGGACUGACCCGGUAAAUAAUUUCUUAAUGAGAUAUUUGUCGAACAUAUAAAUGUAUAUAUCAUAUAAAUAUUACUAUCUGAUGGUUUCGAAACGGGUGUAGGUACAAACAUUAUAAAGGUUGAAUCCCUAAACUCAAGUGUAUCUACGGUAUUUCAUCGUCACUAUCCACGGUGUUGCUAAAACUGGCAAUUUCUCACAGAAAUUAAAACGAUGAUAUACAGGCGUAAACAACUACAAUUGUAUCAGAUGACGUCAUAAGAAAGGGUGACAAUCCCUUCAUUCGUUUCCAUAAACAACGAUUUUGGAAUAGGUAUUUUGCGCAUUUACCUGGAUUUAAAAAAAAAAAAAUAAACACAUCAAUAAACUUCAAAACGGGUUUUAAUGAAUUAUAAACUUUAUUUUCAAAUCUACUUUUAUUACACUUGACCUUUAAAUAACAUCUGCUUUAGUGCUAUUGAUAAUAAAUUGAAACUAGAUGGAAAUUUAGAAAGAGCAGGUAGUCCUUUACCAAAAUUUUUUAAUUUGAUGAUCCCAGGGGAUGGGGUUUUGGUAUUAGCAGGGGUGUGAUUUUUCCCUCUUUUCAGAGGAAAUCCUCUGAUUUGCUCAAUUUUCGAAAAAAUUUAAAAGUCUGGAUUUGAUCUAAAGUAGCAGAAAAUAAUAUUUUUCCAGGUAGGGUGAGGUGUUUUCCUCCCUUUUUGACCAGUUUUCCUCUGAUUUCUGAGAAAUUCAGUCACAUCCCUGAUUAGGGUGGGGCCAAAAUGGUCAGUUAUGAAAUGUGAACAAUAGACAUUUUCAACUUCUUCUUGAAAACUACUUUACCAAUUCUUUAUAAAUUUGGUAUGAAGCAUCUUUGGGACAAGGGGGGCACAUUGUAAAUUUCAGGAUUCCUGGGACCUUGGAGGCAGGGCAAAAAACUGUCCAAAAAUAACCAAUUUUCAAAAAUCUUGUCAAGAACUGCACACAUUAAGAAGAACUACAUGUAAAUGCAUUAAAAUGUAAAACAGGAAGGCUUCUACCAAAAUUGUAAAUUUCUUGAUCCCCAGAGUAGGGCCAAACUUGGUAUAUAUAGUGUUUAUGUGUAAGAUUGCUGAUGCUGUAUAAAAUCUUAAUGCAUACUAAGGAAUAGCAGAAAAAGAUGUACAAAAAAUGAUGAAUUUCACAACCCAGGGUUUUGACUCUAGGGUGGGUCCAUUGAUUGAUUGAUUUGCUGUUUUCCACCAUGCUCAAUAAUUUGGUGGCGCCCAGUUUUUAUUGGUGGAAGAGAGAACCCAAAUACAAUGUACCUGGGAAGAGACCACCGACCUUCCGAAAGUAAAAGGAUUGGUCUAAAUCAGUCAUACUUUUUAAUGUUGCUACACCUAUGAUAUUAUGUGAAGCCUUUCAUCAGUGUAUGGACUUGUUAGGGCAUUGAAGUGGUAAGAAUACAUCUCGUUUUAUACUUUUGCUGAAUGUUAAAAUUUAGCUUAUAUAUUUAGAACAGGAAAUGUUUUUUAGAUUUCAUAGCUCUUGGGAGUAGUGAUAAUUUUUCACUAGUACAGUAAAAAAAAAUCUAAUCCAAAAUCUCGUGAAAAAAAAAACCCAUUCAUUUUUAGCUCACCUGAGCUUUUCUGAUCACAUUUUGUCCGUCUGUAAACUUUUCACAUUUUCAUCUUCUUCUCAUGAACCACCAUGCCAAUUUCAACCAAACUCGCCAAAAAGCAUCCUUAGGUGUAGGGCUUUCAAGUUUGUUCAAAUGAAGGGCCAUGUCCUUUUCAAAGGGGAGAUAAUCGCAAAAAUAGGGUGGGGUCAUUUAAAAAUCUUCUCAAGAACCACUGGGCCAGAAGAGCUGAAAGCUUCCUGACAUAUUGCAGAUUCAAGUUUGUUCAAAUCAUGGCCCCCGGUGGUAGGAUGGGGCCACAAGGGGGGGGGAUCAAGGUUUUACAUACAAAUAUAUAGGGAAAAACUUUAAAAAUCUUCUUCUCAAGAACCACUAAGCCAGAAAAGCUGAGAUUUACAUGAAAGCUUCCUGACAUAAUGCAGAUUCAAGUUUGUUCAAAUCAUGGGCCCCUGGGAUUGGAUGGGGCCACAAUAGGGGAUCAAAGUUUUGCAUACAAAUAUAUAGGGAAAAUCUUCUUCUCAAGAACCACUGAGCCAGAAAAGCUGAUUUUUACAUGAAAACUUUCUGACAUAGUGCAGAUUCAAGUUUGUUUAAAUCAUGGCCCCCGGGUGGUAGGAUGGGCCCACAGGUGGGGGGGGGAUCAAAGAUUUACAUACAAAUAUAUUAAAGAGCUUUAAAAAUCUUCUUCUCAAGAAUCAUUGGGCCAAAGAAGUUGACAUUUACAUGAAAGCUUUCUGACUUCGUGUAGAUUCAAGUUUGCAAAGGGUGGUUUGGGCCAUAAUAGGGACUAAGGUUUUACAUGCAAAUAUAUAUGGAAAGUCUUCAGAUAUGGGCCAAGGUGACUCAGGUGAGCGAUGUGGCCCAUUGGCCUCUUGUUAAUUUCUCUGUUCAGUUACACAUCUUGAACAUCGUGUCUCUUCAAAGUGGUAAAUAAAAAAAGAAGGUAGCCGAUACAAUUACAAAAUUAACAUGGCAAUUGUUCAUAUUCUAUUGAGUAUUGAGAGCGUUAAUACGCGUAUUGCAAAGAAUCUAUUUAUUGAUUGGUCUCAUCCUCAAGUUCACUCUCAUUUUGUUCAGCUUGAAUUUGGGUGGCCAUAUGAAGUUUCUUUUUCUCUGCCCUCCUCUUUCGUCCUCCAUCUCUAUCAUUACCAAUCUUUUGCCAUGUUGAAAAUUUCUACACCUGUUUCAUUAGCACAGAAGCGAUUCUUCCUCGCAGUUUCUGAUUAAAAUAGAUAAAAGAAUGUACAUCAAAAAGUGUUUAUUUCUUAAAGCUUGUUCAUGAAAUUCUCUCUCUCUCUCUCUCUCUCUCUCUCUCUCUCUCUCUCUCUCUCUCUCAUACACACACUUUACACAUCUUUCAGUAUUUCCUGAAGAGAAGGCAAUUUUCCCAUCCAGUUGAUGUUUACUGCUAGUUUUGUGGUGAUCAUGUGGGAAAGGAGUCCCCUUACUGAGAUUUUCACCAGGUAGUUGGUAAUAAUCUCACCUGCACAUUGUAAAUAUUAAGAGAGAGUCACAUGUAUACCAUUUCAUAACAAAAAAAGUACAUGUAUAUGUUUCAAUAAAACAAACCUACCACAGUU